GGAGUUCCGGGCGAUGCCCAAGUCCUCCCGCGUGGCGGCGGGCGAUUCGGCGACGCUGGAGUGCGUGGCGCCCAGGGGCCACCCCGAGCCCUCGGUCACGUGGUUCAAGGACGGCACCCAAGUGGCCACAGGCACGGGCCGCAUUCGCCUGCUGGGCCACGGAUCGCUGCUCAUCGCCGACGUCAGGCACGCCGACCAGGGCCACUACGUGUGCAGGGCCGCCAACCUCCUCGGCACCCGGGAGACGCCCGCCGCAACGCUGUCCGUACACACGAAGCCGUACUUCGUUCGUGUGCCGGAAGACGUGACGACGAUCAGCGACGAGUCCGUGGAGUUCCAGUGCAAAGUCAACGGAGACCCGAAACCCACUGUGACCUGGAGGAGGCAGGACAGAAAGAUGCCCGUCGGAAGAGCCAACAUCCAGGAAGACAAGAGCUUGCGAAUACAGAACGUUGCCCCCACAGAUGAGGGAACCUACAUCUGCGAAUCUGAGAACUUUGUUGGCUCCGUUUUGGCAUCUGCUAGACUCACCGUGCAUUCUCGACCCUCGUUCCUGCUGAGACCCGAAGACCAGAAGGUGGGACUGAAUGGCGUCGCUAAGUUUCACUGUCUUGCGACCGGCAAUCCUCUACCAUCGGUCUUCUGGACAAGAGAGGGGAACCAGAUGCUGAUGUUCCCCGGAAAAUCCCAUGGCCGGUUCUCGGUCACGAACGAGGGUACUCUGGUCAUCUCGAGUGUGCGCAAGGAAGACAAGGGCUACUACACCUGCUCUGCACUUUCGGUCGUGGGCUCUUCCAUGGCAAAGGGCCACCUGGACGUCACUGCAAUGGACGACCUCCCACCGCCGGUCAUUCGUCUUGGUCCGGCAAACCAGACGCUGCCCAUUAACACUGCAGCUAUCAUGCCGUGUGAAGCUACGGGCGAACCAGUCCCGAAGGUGCGCUGGCAGUACAAUGACGUCCCCUUGCAGACGGAUACUAGGCCAAGGUUUGUGAUUCUGCAAUCAGGAGCAUUGAGGAUUAACGGGUUGCAAAUACCAGACAGUGGACUGUACACCUGCACAGCAUUCAGCGAGAGUGGAGAGACCUCAUGGAGUGCCUCUCUGACCGUCGAGUCUCCUCACAACCCCAAUGUCAACUUUCACCGGUCCCCAGAUUCUUCCACCUUUCCUGGACCACCUUCAAAACCCGUUGUAGUCAACAUAAGCGAAAUUUCAAUUACCCUCACGUGGAGACGGAGCGAAAAAGUUGGAGAGUCCUCGUUGAAAGGAUACUCAAUUGAAUACUACAGCAGCGAUCUGCAAAGUGGCUGGGUUUCAGGAGCUUAUCGUGUGCUCUCUGAAACAUACACAAUUCAGGCACUGCGGCCUGACUCGCGCUACAUCUUCAUCAUUCGAGCUGAAAAUUCUCACGGUUUGGGGCCACCAAGUCCGGCCUCCGAUACCAUACGCACUUUAGGAUUAGCUCCUCAUUUUCUUCCUGAGCUUAAUUUGGACGAAGCCCGGGUGAAGUUGACCGCUUGCGUGGUGGCUCUACUGGACAUGCGUGCUGUAAGCUCCACAGCUGUGAAGCUCACCUGGAGGAUUCAAGGAGACAAGCAUUACGUGGAGGGAUUCUACAUUCGAUUUAAAGAUUUGAGUGGGGGAUCACAAAUGUACAACAUGGUGACUGUGCUCAGUGGAGGAGCUUCGUCUUACGUCCUUAACGACCUCAGGCCAUACACGAAAUAUGAGUUCUUCCUAGUACCCUUCUACAAGAGUGUGGAAGGUCCCCCCAGCAACUCUAGGAUUGUCCAGACAUUGGAAGAUGUUCCAACGGCAGCUCCUGAAGAUGUUAGAGCUCAUGUGAUGAAUGUUACCACUGCCACAAUAUUCUGGUCUCCUCCUCCACCUCAGCAUUGCAAUGGAAAGCUGAGAGGUUAUAAUGUCUAUGUCAUAGGAGACCCGUCUGAGCCCAUCAUGAACAAGAGUAUGAAUUCUACGACAAACUCCCUCUUUGUGACCAACCUCCAAGUGGGGGCUUCUUACAAAGUUCGCAUUUUGGCUCACACCUCGGUCGGCAGCGGGCCCCUGAGUGCUCCAGUUCUUUUCAGAAUGGAUAACCUAUCUUCGACGUCAUUGUCCACCCCUUUUCGCAACGUCGUAAAGCAAUCCUGGUUCAUUGCUCUCAUUGGAUGCCUGAUGUUUAUAGCCGUCAGCAUAUUUUUAUGUGUUGUGGUUCGCAAAAGAAAGCUGGAAUUGAAGAAAGCAAAUGCAGAAGCUCCUGUUUGCAAACCAGAUGAAUUAAGCAACUGCUUCAAUUCACUAACUAGGAGGACAGGCCUUAGUCCUCAAGACGCUAUGUGGAUCAAUCAUAGUGCCUGGAGGGCCUGCGAUCUAUCCAAGGACACCUUCUGUGAGACUAAGCUGCUUAACAAGAUGGACUGUACUUCAAACGACCUAAACUACUCCAGUGUCUAUGCACCACUCAAUUGUGGCAUGAAUGCUCCAGACUAUGCAGAGGUUGAUACACACAACCUGACAACUUUCUACAAAAAAGAUGUGCCUUCAGUACCUGAGCCAUAUGCCACAACUACAUUGAUAAAUCCUUCACUCCAGAAAACCUUCAGUGCUUCGGGUAAAGAUGGGCGCAGCGGUAGCUGCGGUGAAGAAGGAAGUCGUUUAUCAGACAAGGCUUUUGACCUUGACUUCAGGAGAUCAAACGAAGAUGGCAUCACAAAUCGGAUGCUGGAGUCUGACAAGCACACAAGCCCAGUCAGUGAUUCUGGAAACUACACAACAGAUGAAUAUGGCGGGCCCAUAAAGAGCCAGCAGAAAUCGUCCAAGGGAAAUGCCAUGUCAAAGAACCCCUUGAAGAACUGGGCCGAAAUUAUUCCUCCACCUCCGGAACAGCUUCUCAGUGAUGCUGGCUCAGCACUAAACACCCCCGCUUCGCAGCGGGGAGCGUCUCCACACCUUAGGCAACUAAAGAAAAAGAUGCUUUCAGGCUGCUCCCAGUCCUCUCCAAGAAGUGCGAGGGUGGUGCACCGGGUCCCCAGGCUGACGGGCUCCUCCCCAAGUGCUAGCCUUAACAAAUCAAGCAACAGCCUCGAGGCCUGUUACGCUGACCCCAGCACGGGCUUUCAUUUCACCACGAGAGAUCUCAGGCCAAUGCUGAGGCCUCCAUUGCAGUCACAGCCGCAGAUACAGCCAUCGCCUUUCUGCCAGACUCUCAUGAACAGAGGAGUCCAGUCGUCCCUCCCGUCGCUAGAGAGCGAGUCGCAGUCCUCACCACCCACCCCGGAGCUGUCUGAGCUUCAUCUCGCGACGUUUCAAGGAGAUAUUUAUCAUCGAAUGGGCGGAGAGUCGGAUGCGGAGGAAAUUACACGGCCGCAGUCCUUAGAGUCCAGUGUGGCUGGAGAGACAGACUAUGCACCAAGUCAUGCACCAUCGUGGGCAAGCACAACGGAACAGAGCAGCAGCUCCUGCAGAAGCGGUCGCUCCAGUGGUGCCAGUUGCUACGAUGAUUAUAUAUAUAAUGAAGUAGAUUUUGGCAGUGAUGUGGCAUUGGCUGCAAAAAAUGGUGGCCUCCGGGUGAAUGGGUCAAUUAUUUCGACAGCUGGAUUAAUAAAAAGCGAUGGCAUUAAAAACGCCUAUGAAAGCUUGGCGAAAGGUCGGUUAAAACAGCAACGGGAUCCACGAUGAUGAAUUGCAGUAGGAGCCUUUGCUUCAAGUCCGGAAAGCAUACAUCAGGGUGGUCGGUUAGCCUAUGCUGAGAGAGUUUUUAUGCUCGGUAGUAAGACCGUUUACGAGCUCCAUGUCGGCCUCCUCAAAAAAGGAUAGUGCAUGCGGGCCUUCUGUUAUGAACGUCUUAAUGAUGUUGUCCAGCUUCUUUUGAAACAGAGCGUGCUUCAAGAUCGAUUGAUAUGGUGGAUUCCACUCGUAGAUCCGGAGCGCUUUCCAAAAUCCGCGAGGGAAGCGAAAUUUCGCUUCGUGGGACCCGCUCCGAA